AAUCACCGCACACGAAGAGGCGGUACACAUUCCACUCUACGGGCUGUUUACUUCCGUCAAUAUUCUGAGCAAAGCUGAAUUUUUUUGUAACAAAGGACUCGCUGCUGGUGGAGAAUGCCGUUCUUGGGGCAGGACUGGAGAUCUCCGGGAUGGAGCUGGAUCAAAACCGAGGACGGCUGGAAACGCUUCGAAUAUUUCGGCCACGAUUUGGGAGAUGACAACAACAACGAGCUCGAUUUGGAAGAGCUGUGUGAUGAAAACAAAGAAAACGUGUAUGUGGGAAACGUCUGUGAAGUGGCCGCCAAGAAGAGGAAGAAGGACUUUGUCAACAACAACACAAAGACGCAGUUCUUCUACCAAGAGAAGUGGAUCUACGUGCAGAAGGAGAGUACGAGAGAGAGACAUGGCUACUGUACGUUGGGAGAGGCCUUCAACCGUUUAGACUUCUCCAGCGCCAUCCAGGACGUGCAACGCUUCAACUAUGUGGUAAAGCUCCUGCAGCUGAUCGCUCGUUCCCAGCUGACGUGCCUGAGUGGCGCAGCCCAGAAGAACUACUUCAACGUGCUGGAAAAGAUCAUCAAGAAAGUGUUGGACGACCAGCAGAACCCGCGGCUGAUUAAGGACCUGCUGCAGGACCUCAGCUCCACGCUGUGCACACUCAUCAGGGAGGUUGGAAAAUCAGUGCUGGUUGGGAACAUCAACAUCUGGGUCUGUCGCCUGGAGACCAUUCUCAUCUGGCAACAGCAGCUUAGCAACCUGCAGAUUCCAAAGCAACUGACAAGUGGGAUGACCAUCAGUGACUUACCACUGCACAUGCAGAACAACAUUUUGUACAAGUUCUCAGAUGCCUCUGACAUCAUCAACCUGGGCCAGGCCACACCCACUUUGCACAUGCUCAGUGAGGACCGGCAUCUGUGGAAAAAGCUGUGCAAGUUUCACUUCGCUGAGAAACAGUUUUGCAGACACCUGGUACUGUCUGAGAAGGGGCACGUGGACUGGAAGCUCAUGUACUUCACACUGCAGAAGUAUUACCCCAAGAAAGAGCAGUACGGCGACACCCUCCACUUCUGCAAACACUGCAGCAUCCUCUUCUGGAAGGACCGGAACCUGGCUUUGCUUUUCAAGGACUCCGGACAUCCCUGCACGGCCAACGACCCAGACAACUGCCUCAUACCGGUGUCACCUCAGCACUUCAUAGACCUCUUCAAGUUCUAGAGGCGUCCAGAAUGCGCUCCAAAAGAAAACAAAGAAACUGCCUAGGACUGUUCUGAUCUCCCUUCUGGAACCUUCUCUCACCUCUUGCUACAUUUGUCCAUGGACAGGGGAGAAAAAGCCUUUCUCUGUGUAGAAUGUAUGUGUCCGUGCGUGGUGUGUGUGUGUGUGUGUGUGUGCGCAAUUUGCAUUUCUAUUUCACCCAAACUUUUAAGGGCUUACUAGAAUGAUGUCAUUUGGGAUCAUUGAUUCGAUUGUGUUUGUUACACACCACAUCAUGUAACCUGACAUUGAGCAAGGAAGAAAGGAUGUGAGAGACAAAAAAAUAGAGGAGAAGGACUUCAGUAUGAAUACGACUGGAGGGAUAUCGCCAAGGCAACAGCUGGACUUAUAAUGAGGAGUCUCAUUUGGGAGAGAUGACUCUUUCAUGAUCUCGUACGGCAGGAGGUCCUGACCGUCAGUGUCACCUUGCUGACAUUGACUAUUUUAAUUGUUAUUCUACUUAUUAUAAUUAUUGUUAUUAUGACAAUUUUUUGUGUUUCCAUUAGUUAUUGGAUGCACGUGAAAGGGUAGCUGGUAGGUCUAUGUUUACGUUCGUUCUUCUGUAGCUGUGCUGUGCAAAAAGCCGUCAACACUAAAAACAAAACUGAAAAGGUUUGUGCAUUUGCCAUAUAAAAAUAGCCACAAUGCUGAAAAUUUCAUACACUUUUUUUCAUAUCCGUUGUGAAGAUAGAGAAAACGAACUGAAACAGCACUAUUUAUGAAAGUGAGUAUUUUAUAUCCUUGUUCUGGGUUUUGUAAUGUAAUUAUCAUUCCAAAUAUUGAUGCUUAUCUGUAUGGGGAAAAAAACAUGACGGAAAAUGUUGGUAAUGUCAUGCAUUUGCAGGAACAUGGUUUACUAUAGUAAUAAAAAACCUGAUUGCUGA